AUGAGGACAUUCUCUGUCGCAGUUACCUCUCUUCUGGCGGUUACAGGUCUUGUUGCAGCAAUCCCCGCGCCACAAGGCCCUGUUGAUCUCACCAACCUCCCAUCCGGAAACAUUAUCAAUCCGCUUGGUGCAGGUGCUAACCAAGGCGUAUCUGGGGCGCCGGCCGUUGCUCAGCAGCCAGCGGAUCAACCUGGGGAUGCAGGUGAGGAAGCGGCAAAUGCGCUCUAUGGCGUUGGCAGUUCUGGGCAGGAUUCAGACCCCGCUGCUUCUCAAAAUACUACUCCACAGCCUUCACAGCUCGAAAACAAUGGGGGUCUUGUAGGAAAUCUCGCAAGCCUUGUUGGAUGA